AUGACAGUCGCGGCACGUGACGAGGGCUUCAGCUAUAGAGAAUUGAACUCAACUGCUCCCCAGGACGUUGCCGUUGCCUCGGCGAACCACGAUUUCUGCGCCGUUGUACAUGUGCUGGUUGGAGCUCCUCACCAGGGAAAUGCCGCCCUUCCUCCUCGUCAGGGGGAACCAGACGUCUGUGUUGACUUUCUAUUCGUAAUGCCGCGUCCAUAUCAGAAAUGCCCUACGUCACCCGUGACGAGUGGAGACCGGGACUCGCAUACUCCUUUUAUGCAUCAAUCCGGAGCGCCCCUUUUCGAGGUGUCAGGGCUUCCUGCUCCGCCAGCCGCGGAUAACCCGUUUUCCCGAUUGAUGACAAGCCUCCUGGAUUUCAGCCUCAAGAGUCACUUCAGACGGCUUGCGGAAUUUUCCCUUGGAAAAAAACCCAGAAAAUCUUCCAGUCUACGAGUUCAGCAGGUUUCGGCAAACCUUUUCUCCUUUAUUCAGCAUUUCGAGUCGUUAACAACUACGGCGCGUUUGGCACGUUACAUUCUGAGGAAUUUUCUCAACCGUCUUCAGUACCGGAAUAAUUAA